GAAAAAGGAACUGAAAAACAACUUGUUUUGAGAUUUUCGGGAAAUAGUGGUAUGUUUCGGAAUUUCCUGACAGUACACUGGGGUCAAGCUUGACUAGAAAGGAAGUAAAAGCGAAUAACGGUCGAGAGAGUCUGAAGAAGAUUCAUUAGGAAGAAGUUACUUCCGCCUCCAGCGAUGACGCGAGACUGACGAAGAAGAGGAAGGAGCUGAUAUUGGAGCAGCUCGCGCCUCGCUAAGUUGCAGCAACAGAGCUGGAAAGCAAAGCAAAGUGAAGCGAGACAGGAAGGAAGCAAGCAGAAGGUUCUCUGAGAAGGGGUUGUGUUUUAGACUGUUUUCCGCCCUCGAAAUGAAGAGCAGAACUCACUCUUGUUGCCAAGGGGACCUUUAAUUCUACCCUGGACGUGUUUCGGUUCGAGUGAAUGGCUUAGUGAGUGAGUUGUGAGCGGUUCAGCAUGAGGGACUCGACGGUGUUUUCUUCUCGUUGUCCAACAGCAGCAGCAGCAGCAGCAGGAGGACAAGAUGGCAGCUUGUAGCGAGUGUUUAGAGGCUGCUGAGGGUGAACAUUCGAGCCCGAACAUGUCUCUGCUUUUCCGCUACAGUCGCUGGCUGUGAAGGUAUGGCCUCACAGGUUUUGGUCUGCCCACCGCAUGUGCAUCAGCCCCAGAUAAGUGCCUUUAGCAGCGUGAGGAAAGUGGAGACCAGCAGCUGUGUGUACCAUGAGAAGCCUCCUCGCACCUACGUGGUCGGCGUGAACCUAGGCAUCGCGCAUCCAACCAAUAUCACCACCCAUCCAUCUUUAAAGACGCAAGCGGAGGAGAGAGCAGGAUAUUCAUUACAGACUCUGGCUCGUGGAGAGCCACGCAGAGGGAUUGUUUCCUCCUACAGGUGUGUAGGAGACGGAGGACAGAAAAGAGAGGAGGGGGAGGAGGUGGAAGAGGAGAAGGAGAGCAGAGGGACGUUUGACGGAUGUGGGUUUGAACGAACAAAAGACGAGGAGCAGGGCAGCAGCGUGAGGACCAUGCAGAUCGUAGAGGAACAUCCGUCGCUGCCGGCCAUGCUGCAAAGCAACCUGGGUAGCACAGUUCCCUCCAAUCAGAAUGUGGCAGGGACAGGGGGUGGGGCCAACGACGGGGACUACCAGCUGGUGCAGCACGAGGUCCUGUGCUCUAUGAAGCACACGUACGAGGUGCUGGAGUUCCUUGGCCGUGGAACGUUCGGCCAGGUUGCGAAAUGCUGGAAGCGUGGCACCAACGAGAUCGUUGCCGUGAAGAUCCUGAAGAAGCAUCCGUCGUAUGCGCGCCAGGGUCAGAUCGAGGUGGGCAUCCUGGCGCGCCUGAGUGCCGAGAACGCCGAUGAGCACAACCUGGUGCGUGCCUUUGAGUGCUUCCAGCACCGCAGCCACACGUGCCUGGUGUUUGAGAUGCUCGAGCAGAACUUGUACGACUUCUUGAAGCAGAACAAGUUCAGCCCACUGCCGCUGAAGGUGAUCCGUGCUGUGCUGCAGCAGGUGGCCACGGCGCUCCGCAAGCUCAAGAGCCUCGGGCUGAUUCACGCCGACCUCAAACCUGAGAACAUCAUGCUGGUGGAUCCUCGCAGGCAGCCGUACCGUGUCAAGGUCAUUGACUUUGGCUCGGCCAGCCACGUGUCCAAGGCCGUGUGCUCCACCUACCUGCAGUCACGCUACUACAGGGCUCCGGAGAUCAUCCUGGGUCUGCCCUUUUGUGAGGCCAUAGACAUGUGGUCACUGGGCUGCGUCAUCGCUGAGCUGUUUCUCGGCUGGCCGCUUUACCCCGGAGCUCUGGAGUAUGACCAGAUUCGCUACAUUUCUCAAACUCAAGGGCUGCCCGGCGAGCACCUGUUAAAUGUGGGGACAAAAACGUCCCGAUUCUUCUGCAAGGCGUCUGACUCACCGUACGCAGCCUGGAGGCUGAAGACAACAGAGGAGCACGAGACAGAGACUGGAAUAAAAUCGAAGGAGGCCAGGAAGUACAUCUUCAGCUGUCUGGACGACAUCGGCCAUGUGAACCUGGUGUUAAAUAUGGAGGGCUGUGAUCAGCUUGCGGAGAAAGCAGACAGGCGAGAGUUUGUGGAUCUGCUCAGGAUGAUGUUGCUGAUCGACGCUGACCAGCGAAUCACUCCUUCAGACGCCCUCAACCACCCUUUCGUCACUAUGCAGCACUUACUGGACUUUCCACACAGCAACCACGUGCAAUCGUGUUUCCACAUUAUGGACAUGUGCCACUCAAGGAGCAGCGCAUAUGAUGUGGUGAACCGCAACAAAGCCCCGCCCCCUCUUAUGAAACCAGUCACACUACCCAGCGGCCCCAACAUCGCAGUCUUCAACAAAAUACCCUCCAUGCAUUCACAGGCUCUGGCUCCACCUGCGCCACCUGUGGUACAUCCUGGCAUUCCCCUGCAGACAGGAAGUGCACAGUUUGGCUGCACUGAGUCUUUUCAGCAAACGCUCAUCCUUUGCCCACCAGCCAUUCAAGGAAUUGGGUCCAACCCAAACCAGCCGUCAGGAUAUUCAGUGCGGAUGGAUAAUACACUGCCACUGGUGACUCAAGCUCCAGCCAUCCAGACUUUACCUCUCAGACCAGGAGUCAUAGCACAGCAGCCGUGGUCCAACAGGACUCCACAAAUCCUGGUACCCACAUGGCAGCAGGUGCCUCCUCCACCCACCACGCUACCCUCAGACACUGUCUCCUGCCCUCAGAGGAGAGGGGACUGGGGGAAAGUGCGUUCACACACCAGCCAUUAUGGUUCCAUGAUGCCGCCACCACUCGUGCCCAAUCAGAUGGCUGUAUCUGCGCACCAGCCCGUGAACAUAGGCAUUGCUCACGUGGUGUGGCCUCAGGCUACAGCCAACAAGAGCGGCAAGCCCAGUCAGAAUAGGAGUCUAAAUAUGUUGCACUACACAGAAAUGCAUACUUCAGUGUGCCUCUCACCAAAGACUCAAAGACAGGACGUCCUGCGAAACCCACAGGCGGGGCUUAGGGACAGGGAGGCGGAGUCACAGCCCAAGAAGGAGCCAAAUGGCAUCGAUGAGACUGAGGGAGAGAGCUGCCGUAAGACGAAAGAGCAGGGCUCUAACGAGCAGCUAUUAGCAACCAAUCAGCAACGAGAGUCUAUCGUUAUUGGCGAAUCGCCGAGCCCAGCGGUCAGCGUCAUUAGCAUAAGCAGCGAUACGGAUGAGGACGAGAGGGACACAGAAGAGCAGAGGUGUUCCUCUAACACAUGUAAGGGCAGUCCAGAUUGUGAGGCAUGUAAAGGAUCUCUGAAUAUGGAUCGUGUGUGUUCACUCAGCAGCCCAGACAGCAGCCUGAGCACGAGCUCCUCAGCCUCGGCUCAGUCCAGUCCCUCACCCUGCAAGAGACCAAACAGCAUGUCUGAGGAUGAUGGUCACGAGAGCGGCUGUGACACAGUGGAUGGCUCCCCAGCAUCAGACACGCUCAGUAGUCCGUUUCCUGAGAGGCGCUUUCUGAACACCAAUCAGAAGCAGGAAGCUGAAACACGCCGGAGCAACAUGCGCACAGAGACAACGAUAAAACCGGCUGUCAGGACGGUGGUGGUGCCACCGCUCAGAGUGAUCAACAACAAUAACAACCAGCAGCAGCAUGGUAACCGAGUGUUCGAGUCAUCGUGCCAGUUGCGAGGACGAUGCGCUCCCGGCCGAUUGACUCUGCACUCCACUCCGAGUUUGCCCCGCCAGCACAAGUUCACCUCGACAUUCCAGCAGCAGCAGCCUCUGGGCUAUGGCCAGGUCCAGCACUACAACUCCUGUCACACCGAAUGGAACGGCAACUACACCCAGCCUCGCCGUCCGCAGGCCUUCAUCCCUCCCACGGUGCACGGCCACACCUUCCCUCACGCCAGCCCCUCGCGCUCAGCCCAGGCUCCUCCCCCAGCCCCUCCCGCCCUGCUCUCCUAUCCUCCUCCCGCCCCCGUCGCCCACCUGCUGCCCUCCCCACGGCCCGUGCUGCAACCCACCUACAGUCUGGUGCCUCAGGGCAUCAGCAUGGGUAUCAACCCGGGCAUCGACCCACGCCUGCUGCCCUCACCCACGCUGCACCCGCCGGCCGCCUUCAAAGCCCUGUUCACACCGCACUCGUACGUAACUUCGCCCGCCUACACAAGCUUCCCACUCAGCCCCACCAAACUGCCCCAGUACCCCUACAUCUGACACAUAUACACACACACAUCAACACCAACCCCAGGGGCCCUUACUGAUAAGACACUCUUGUCUCCAAAAAUCGUGAGGUUUAAUGCAUUCUAAACAGGUAUCAUGGAAGAAAUAAAAGGAAGAAAACUUGGUAUAUGAAUUGAUAAAAUUCACUUUUCAUGCCUUUUGCACAUUUGAUAUUGAAAAGAAGAAUAACCCAAAAUCCUGCCCCUCCACCCAUUUACUGAGUCAUUAAAUCCUUUCCUGUAUACAGGGGCAUGAUGGGAUAUUGUCACUCUAUAGCUAUUUUUCUAUAUUGCCUUCUAAAUGUGACUUGGUAAAGCCAUCCCAGCCAUCUGGUGGUAGGGUCCACGUGCGUGUGCGUGUGUGUGUGUGUGUGAGUGAGUGUGUGAGAGAGACUCCCUCUUGUUGGUGUUACAUGUCUGUAUUUUUGUAACAAGCUCGUGCCCCUUCAUUCCCAGUGUUAACUCCUGUACACAACAUCCCAUAUUUUAAGGUUGCUACACUCUACAUGAAGGAAACACAAGACUCAGAACUCACUUUGUGUUUUUGUAGGAGUGUAACCUGGUCCCAUAAAGUGCCUUAUUUAAAAAAAUAAAUAAAAUAAUGUUUGUGCAGGGUGUGACCUGACACUCUUGCAUUCACAUGACUGCAACAGGACUUGAAAUUUCACUUUUUUUUUUUUGAUUUAUACAUUAAGGCUAUCUUUUUUUUUUUUUUUUUUUUUUUUUUGGUCAGGAUUGAUUUUGGCUGGUUUUAUUCUGUUAGUGAGUCAAAGUACGAUCUGUAUUUCAAUGUUGUGUUAAAAUCUAUCGUCCCUUAUUGCGAAGUGGAUUACGAAUGACACGAAUACAUUGUGUAUGUUCUCAAUUCUCCCUAUUUUUAUUUUUCUUCAUGAAUUUGUUGUUGUGCUUGUUCUGUAAGUGUUGAGACUUAUGCAUUUCUUCGUCCCGCUUCCACCCCUGCUGUAUUAAAUAUUUUUUUUACAUGUUGCAUUUUUGAGAAGACCUACCCAGCAAGAGGUAGAAUACCAAAAUAAAUUCCCAUUUCAUUCGCUAUGGAGACGGCUUACAGGUUUUUCCCGUCACUGUUCAGUCUACAAGGGAGUUUUUGGCGUUGACCUGCUCGGGUUUUGGCGGACGAGCGGAUCCAUUCCUCUCUUGAUGGGUUUAAUUUAAAGUGCCCUGUGUAUGGGGGAAUCACUGGUCUGAUGUGUUUUUUAUAAUUUUGUUUUUUCUUUUUGUUUGUUUGUGUUUUUUUUCUGCGUGGUUUUCCUUUUGAUUACUCAGCUGUAGCAAGCAUUCUCACCGAAUGAACUAUAUACAGUUCUGAUUAUAUUUCCUACUUGAUGAUCAGUUGCUACUCUUUCACUUAAUGCUAACAGUAUUUACACUGUUUAACACAACUGCAAUACAAUCCAUCUUUCUGGGUGUUUGCUUUUUAAUUCCUUAUUCUAAUUUUUUAGAAUUAGAUGUGUAUUAUUUUUUUGGUAUUGGCAUUAACCUGCAGAUAGCUCUUUAAAUCACUGACAUGGUUUCCUGUUAGCUUGUGCAGAGAUUUCAGUAUUUAACUGUUGAUCUGUCAUUGUUGGAGUAUUUAGUGCUACUUUGAGGUGUGAGUUGGUUGUGUGCAAUCCCCCCCCCCCCCAUCUAUUAUAAGCAGGUGGCGAGAUUCGUUUCCGCUCGUACCGUACCGUUGAGCUUUUCAGUGCUGGCUGAUUUUAAAUUGAUACAUUCCGUCAGGGAGAAAUGGUUUGUUUUGUUUUGGUUUGGUUUUUUUCCUAACCUACUUUGUGUUUAAUUUUUUCCUUUUGCUAUCAUUAUAUUAAAAAUGCUUUCGCUACACCAAAGACAGUAAUUGAUUUCUUAAGCGACAUAGCUACUGUUCUAGCCUAGACCUCAGAUAUUACUCUAGAUGGGGAUGUAUUAAAGAAAAAAUAAGAUUACUCUGUAUAAAGGUUGAGGUUGAUGUUUAGCUUUUUUGGCAAGUUUAAUGAUUUUGUUUAUCCUUGAAUGUACCAUAGAUAAGCUGCUAUUCACUGAUUGCCACUUCAUCAUGCUGUGAGGGUAAAGUGAUUUAACUUUGUUCUUAGCUUUCUUUUUUUUUGUACGUGCGUUUCGACGACCUUAAGAUAGACGUGAGGUUUUUCUUUUGGUUUUACUCUACUGAGCGGCAUCGAACCCGUUUUAAUGCCUAUGUAUAUUUUGCUUUUCUGUUUGAAGUGUCAUUGUAACUACUGUAUUGCGAUUGAUGGACGUUUUGGUUUGUCGUGUUUUUCGGGUGUGUUCUCUGUUUCUGAUUUUUCUCAAUCCAUUUGUUUUACAUCUGUGUAUUAUCUGUAGUGUUAAUGGUAAUCUUGGGGCUCAUCGUUGCAUAUGAGAUGCAUAUUGGUGUAUAUCGUAUGUUUCGAUAUAUAGAUUAAGUUUAUAUACAUAUACUAAAUAUAUAUAAGUUUAUCUAUAUAUAUAUAUAUAUAUAUAUAUAUAUAUAUAUAUAUAUAUUUAGUAUCUCGAUAAGGCAUAGCUUGCUGGAUAGGUUUAACUUUGUUGUUGUGGAUGUGUUUAUCUAUCGAUCGGUUUGAGACGGAGGAAAAAUGCGCCGCUAUGAGAUCGUACAUUAUUCCGGUUUGUCACUUGCACAGAGUUGAAGAAGUGGUGUUGCUUGUUUAUAAUCAAUUGCAGUGCUUAUUGUUAAUCAGCAUGUAUUUCAAAAGUCUUGAGCAUUUACUUUCAAUUAGAUUUCAAUCAGUCCAUGUUUAUGGACUAUGCCUGGUGUACUUAUUCGGCUAAUACGACGAUCGCGUUGUUGAUAUGAAUUAAUUCCCGGAUGCAUGGGUAGUAUAGCGGCGACUUUUUUUCUUUUUUUUUUCCUCCUUAGCGUGGUCUUGGUGUGGAAAUCGUCACACGCCCGUAUUCUGCUCUGUAGAAGGAGCAGCGCUAAACUAGUGCCUUUCAGAUGUGCUUCAGACCUUUAUGUCCUGUGCACGCGCACACACACACAGCGACCCAGAUCUCUUGUUCUCGCUUGUGAGGUCAGUUAAAGUGUUGUAUCUUGUGUUGCGUGUGUUCUUCACUCUUUUGGACCUCUUAGUGUGGAAAGAUUAGUUAUGCACUGGUUUCCAGUAGUGUGUGUGUGUGUGUGUGUGUGUGUGUUUUUUCUCCGCUAUAGUUCUGUCUUCAGUAGUGUUUGUGUCAGUUGGCAGUCACACGCCAAAAGCAUGCAAUGCAGUGAUGUCUUUAGAGAUUAGAUUUUUUUUUUAUUAUUAUUAUUUAAAAUGUUUAAUCCGUACAUUUCAUUUGAUGUGUGUGGGUUUUUUUUUUUGUUUGUUUGUUUGUUUGUUUGCUUUUUUCCUUCCUUUCUUUGCCUUGUUUUCUUCUCUUUUUUGUGGCUAUUAUCCAACAACAGAAAUCCAAUAAUGAAAUGCUAUCAGGGAUCAUUACUGUUCCGCUGACGUGGUCCUCUUUCCCGUAUUGAAGCUUUACAUAAAGUGCACUGUAAUUGUAAUAAGCUUGGAAUAAGCACCAUCCCGCAGUUUACAGCCUCGUCCUUUAAGCCGCAAACUCUAUUCAACGGGACACAACAUUCAUGCCAAUGUGCACGUUAUUUGCUUUAAUGUACUUAGAGAUUUGGUCCAAAAACAAUGUGGUGUAGAGCCACGAAAUCAAAAUCAUUUCACUUUUAUACACGAUGUUAAACAUGUAGCACUAGGGACAAGUACACAUUUGUAUAAUUAUGCAUUACAUCAAAAUCACAAACUUUUGUUGUUUUAAAUCUGCAUUUAGACGAGAUCUUACAAAAACUAAAAUGGAGAAUUAAAACUAAAGCAAGUAUAAGAGUGACAGUCUGGGAAAACCUUUCACAUGGUCAUAAUUUCACAUUUGCUAUUAAAUAUAGUUCUGAAAAUUGCUCUUGAACAGUUUUUUUUUUUUUUUUUUUUUUUUUAUUUUAUAUAAUAAAUAAUAAAAAAAAAAGUUAAAAGAUUUCAUUCCAGUUCUGCUGAAAGAUGAUGCGCCUACCUCUACACUUUAAUCUGCUGAUUGAUGAGCAGCUCUACUGCCAAAUUUUAAAGAAUUAUUAAGCAGUUUACAGCAGGAAAUGAGUUCUCACUUUGAUUAUCAGCAUCAUCCUCAUCAUCUCUCUCAUCAGUGACGUUUAAACACAAACUUCGUGAUAUUUUCUUCACUUCACUACCUCUGAUCUCUGUUCACAAAAAUAACCACUUGUUUAUUUUCUCUCUUUUUUUUUUCUCCUCCCCAUUUCUUGUUAUGAAUGUCUUUUUUAUUAGGUCAUUCAAACAUUUUAUAACAGAGUGUAAGCUCUCACUGGACUAACUUUCUCUCUCUUUCUGUAGCUCUAACAGCUUCUACCUUCAUAUUCACUGUGUGUGGAAAUCACACUUGGCUAACAAAGUUUAAGCAGAUUGACUGUUUUUACCACCGCUACUGUUCAAUUGCCUCCUUACGCAACAUGGUUUUUGCAGGAACACACCAAGGCAAGGUUAUAUAAAAUAUUUCCAUGUCAUUUGGAUAAAAACACCGUACUGUGCAGAAGUCUUAGGCGCAUGUAAAGAAAUGCUUUAAAGCAAAGAUUCUCUCAAUAUAGUUUAUACACAAUAAAAAAUAUUUGUGUACAGUAAUAUACUUCUUUUAAUGUAAUAAGAUUUUGCAGAUACUUUUUUUUGUUUUGUUUUGUUUUGCAAAAAGAAAUUUUUGGAAUCUUUUUUUUUUUUUUUUUUUUUUUUUUUUUUUUUUUAAAUAAACACUGACCCAGCAAUGCUGAAGUCAUAAGAUGAACAUCUGUAACAAAAUUCUAUAUUAAAAACUGUAGGGUGCCUAAGACUUGCACAGUAGUGUAUAUUUAACUUGAGUAGAAAGUUUAAGUAUUUUUGCAAGAAAAGAAUUAAACCAGAUUUGUCAUAAUUUUUGGGAGCAAGGUCCAUCAGGUUUUCCCAGACCGCCCCACACAUGCAUACAUAUCCACAUAUCCAUCAAAACUUUUACUAAUCAAGUUGAAACUGAUAAAGUACUCCCAUCAAACCAAACAAUUCUAUUUGGCUUGUUUUUAUUUGACUGUGUUUUCUUUCGAAUUAAGAACACCCACCCCCCCCCCUUUACAGACACGUGUACAGAAAUUCAGGGUCUUGGUAUUUGUCACAUGUGCUACUGUAUACCAGUUUCUAUCCUAAUGUUUGGGUUUGAUCGCUUUUGAGCUAUUAACCUUUUUUUCUGCAAAGUUAUAUUUUAGUAGAAGUUAAAUCUCGCUUCAAGUUAUCAGAGAAUAGAUUUAGACUUCAGAGUAAGUGGACUUGAUUUACUAAAUCGGAACUGUUACUGUUUUAAUACAUGUAGGUUUUUGUGGCUUUCUAAUUUGUUUUUUGCUUCUGAUUUACUUUUACGCUACAAUAGUUUGCCAUGUAGCCAUUGCACUGUGCAAUAUUCAGUAUAUGAGGACUGGGAACUUUUUUUUUUUUUUCUUCUUGUGUGUAAUGUCUCUUACAAUUUUCAGUCGUUAUUUCUCUGGUUCUCAGUGAUUUCUAUGUGACCAAGCCUUAUGUACUUUGUCACAAAAAAGCGGGUUUUCCUGGUGAUUAUUUGGUGAGUGUCAAAUUAAAGAAAUUAUGAUGUAUUGUCAAUUCACUUUGAAUUAAAAAUAUAUAUUGCUGCAGGCAA